AUAGAUUCUGCUGUAGCCCAAUCUGUGAGCCAGCAUACUGAGUGAAAACCCUUCCAUCUGAGAGCCUUACGAGAGCAUGAAGUGCUUCAGAGAGGGUUAAAACUGUGCCCUCUCCCGUCCACUUUUCCUCCUCCUCUCUUUGUGCCCUCUGUGCCACCCCCACAUGCCAGCACACUCCGUGACAGCUCAGCCAGCCUCCCCACGCACUAGCAACAGCAGCUAAUGAGUGUUGCUAUGGACCCUUCCAUCAAAGCUGAACCAUACUCUCCAACCAUCAUUCAGUGUUGUAGAUAGAUUGUCAGUGUUGUAGAUAGAUUGUCAGUGUUGUAGAUAGAUUGUCAGUGUUGUAGAUAGAUUGUCAGUGUUGUGGAUAGAUUGUCAGUGUUGUGGAUAGAUUGUCAGUGUUGUGGAUAGACUGUCAGUGUUGUGGAUAGAUUGUCAGUGUUGUAGAUUGUCAGUGUUGUGGAUAGAUUGUCAGUGUUGUGGAUAGAUUGUCAGUGUUGUGGAUAGAUUGUCAGUGUUGUGGAUAGAUUGUCAGUGUUGUGGAUAGAUUGUCAGUGUUGUAGAUAGAUUGUCAGUGUUGUGGAUAGAUUGUCAGUGUUGUAGAUAGAUUGUCAGUGUUGUGGAUAGAUUGUCAGUGUUGUGGAUAGAUUGUCAGUGUUGUGGACACCGCCCUUAAUGUCAACUACUCUGGUUUGACCUUUUGACCUCUGAGGUCUCAAAUGUAUUUGCUGAGAGCAAAGGCCUUGAGCACACACACACACACACACACACACACACACACACACACACACACACACACACACACACACACACACACACACACACACACACACACACACACGUCCUUUAAUGUUAAUCGGCCUGCGCCUUUGAGUCCCCCUGGCUGUACUCCCUUUUGCGGUUGCCAGAGGGGGGAGAAUUCUCCCUUGCCGUGUCCCUAUUGUUGCCAGAUUGCGUAGAAUUCUCCCUUGCCGUGUCCCUAUUGUUGCCAGAUUGGGUAGAAUUCUCCCUUGCCGUGUCCCUAUUGUUGCCAGAUUGGGUAGAAUUCUCCCUUGCCGUGUCCCUAUUGUUGCCAGAUUGGGUAGAAUUCUCCCUUGCCGUGUCCCUAUUGUUGCCAGAUUGGGUAGAAUUAUCCCUUGCCGUGUCCCUAUUGUUGCCAGAUUGGGUAGAAUUCUCCCUUGCCGUGUCCCUAUUGUUGCCAGGUUGGGUAGAAUUCUCCCUUGCCGUGUCCCUAUUGUUGCCAGAUUGGGUGGAAGUUUCCCCUGCCGUUGCCAGAUUGGGUAGAAUUAUCCCCUGCCGUGCCCCUAUUGUUGCCAGAUUGGGUAGAAUUCUCCCUUGCCAUGUCCCUAUUGUUGCCAGAUUGGGUGGAAUUUUCCCAUACCGUGUCCCUGUCGUUGCCAGAUUGGGUGGCAUCCCUAUCAUGUACCGUCUGAUUCUCUAUGGUUCCUCUCCAGUAUCCCUGCUGUGUGUCCAACCUCCAGACGAACACCAGUCAACCACAGCACAACACACAAACCAAAAACAGCUCCUGUGCCAAAGGUAACCAUGGAAACAGACGUUGGCUUUAAGGUUUCUGAAGAGCCAAUUAUAGUGUGACGUUAAAUCUUUUUACGCACACUCCUCUAUCUACACACUCAGCAACAGGUUUCUGAACUCUGUGUACUUCCAACUUUUGAAAAAUCAGAAGGUAUCUCUUCUUUCAUUUACUUCAGAUGAUGUAAUGUUUCUGAGGCCUUUCAACAGAGGUGUGCUGCCUGCGUGAUUCAUUAGUGUUGAGCGCUACCAUUUUCUGCUUUUUUGUUGUCCCUCACACCUAACAUUGUUACACCUAGCAAUGAUCUCCUCCAUUCAUUAAUCAUUUGGCCCUCUGUGAACGGUAAACUGUAUGAGAAUUGUAUGAAUUUAAUAAGAAGUGCUUUCUACACAAGAAUUACACAUGGUCAUUGCUAGUGAUGAAUAAACUAAAUUUGGAGUUAUGGGAAUACUGGGGGGGUUUCUGAAUAAGAACAACACAAAUACUUCUCAUAUACAGUUUUGUCCAACGUUGUAAGACGACUUUGUUGUAUUUUUUAGAAGUUGACAGCGUUGUAUUAUUAAUUGGACAAUGCAUGCUAGGAGUAGACGGCCAGCUGAUGCCUAGCUCUGGGUGGCGGAUUGCUGACACACACACGCACACAAGCCCAGCCCAGCCCAGCCCAGCCGUCAGCAGAUAGCUAUCUACUGAGAUCAAUGUGGAUGAGCUGUAUGAGGCAUUCUGUAUCCAGCGCAGGCUGAGGGAGGGAGCCAGUAAGAUGAAGCAGGCCUUCUCUGCAUCUCCCUCCACCAAGGCCACCAGAGAGAGCAUGUCAGAGGUCAACCGCAGAUACAAGGAGUACACAGAGAAUAUGAGCACGUUGGAGGGGGAGCUGGAGAACAUGCUGGGGGAGUUCCAUAUCAAAAUGAAAGGUCUUGCUGGUUUUGCUCGUCUCUGUCCAGGAGACCAGUAUGAGAUCUUCAUGCGGUAUGGGCGGCAGCGCUGGAAGCUGAAGGGGAAGAUAGAGGUGAACUCCAGACAGAGUUGGGACGGAGAGGAGAUGGUCUUCACGCCCCUCAUCACAGACCUCAUCAACAUCAAGGUGACGGAGCUGAAGGGCCUGGCCACUCACAUCCUGGUGGGCAGUGUGAUCUGUGAGACCAAGGAUCUGUUCACGGCCAUGCCUCAGGUGGUGGCUGUAGACGUUAAUGACCUGGGAACCAUCAAACUCAACCUGGAGGUCACAUGGUUUCCAUUCGAUGUGGAAGACCUGACCCUGUCUUCAGGGAACGUGAGCAAGGCCACCGCCCUGCAGAGACGAGUGUCUAUCUACAGCCAGGGCACGCCAGAGACACCCACCUUCCAGGACCAGUCCUUCUUUAAGUGGCACCCCUCCCCGACCCUGCAUCGCCUGUCCCCGACCCUGCAUCGCCUGUCCCCGACCCAGCAUCGCCUGUCCCCGACCCAGCAUCGCCUGUCCCCGACCCAGCAUCGCCUGUCCCCGACCCAGCAUCGCCUGUCCUUCCUCCACGGUCUGAGGAACUCCCUGUUAGAGAAGCUGAGACGCAGUCGCUCCUUUGGCGACCUGGUCUCCCUCCAACCCAGGCCCAAGUCCAGCCUGGAGGGUUAUGUGACUGAGUCCACCCUCCCUGAUGACGUCUUUGAGAACGGUGGGUGUGGUAACACCGAGUGCAAGCGCCUCUCCUUCACCUUCUCCGAUACUUCAGUCUCCUCCCCCAGCCUCGCCCCUGGCCAGUCCAACCCCGAAAUCACCGUCACGCCCCCUGAGACAUGCCCCCAGCCCCAAAUCCCCAACGUUGAAGUCACCGUUCGAAUACACGCAGACGUAGUGGAAGAGGCAGAGGAAGGUGAGGAGGAAGCGGAGAGUCGCGGUAGCAGCGGUAGCAGCGGCAGCGUGAGUACCAGCCUGGUCAGCGAGGAGGCGGAGUCAGAGUGGGAGAGGGCGGAGUCCCAAUGUAACAGAGAAUCCGUCUCUCUCUCGGAGAGGCAGUUGUCUGCGGUCGCUCCCGGGGGUGUGUGUCCGGACCUCGCUGGGCCAGACAGGGACGGUGAUGAAGAUGACAGCUCGGAGCUACUGAAGCCCGUAGAACUUGACACUGAAGAACCAGGCAGCUUGACCAGGCAACUGGUGAGGAGACUGACAUCGUCUGACAUUCUGCCCGAGGCGGGGGUUCUGAGCUGGGCUGGGGAGGGGAGCCGGGCCUUCUUGGAGAGCAACCUGGAAGAAACCCUGCAGAGUCUGCUACUGAGGCUAGAGUCACUGGGACAACGCUGUAGAGAGCUACAGGACCUGGAACAGGAAGUGAUGCGCCUGGAGGACAUACUCAAGUGCCGCCUCCCGGGCCACAGGAGCAGGUCGUCCAGCCUCACUCUGAUGGUUGAGAGCGCCCUGGAGAGCUUUGACUUUCUCAACACCUCCGACUUUGACGACGAUGACACGGGUGAUGACCACACCCUCCAGCGCUCCGUGUUCUUUGACAUGGAGGCGGACAGUAUCGGACCUGGGGGCCCGCACCCAGAGGUCAGGGGUCACCUGAGUGAAGCACUGACGGAGGACACCGGGGUGGGCAACAGUGUGGCCGGCAGCCCCCUGCCUCUCACUACCGGCAACGAGAACCUGGACGUGGCUAUCGUCAUUCACCUGCAGUACUGCGACCAUCUCAUCCAGCUCCUGUCCAGUGGGGGGAGCCCUUGGCAGCGUCGAGCCCAGCUCCAGAAGCUCUCAGCUCAGACUCAGCUGCUAGAGGAACUAGGAGAGAUCAGCACAGAACGCCUGGGGAGCAUCACCUCUGCUGCUGACGUGCUCCCAGGGCUGUCGGAGCGGCCUGCUCGUAUGGCUCUGUGGUCGGAGUGUAGUGGUUCUGGUGCACUGUUCCACGCUACGCUGGACCGGGUGCUCAAACACAUGCACCACUGCUACACUCGCCCACUGCAGGAGAGACACCCACACACCGCAGCUGACACGGUGAUCCGGCUGGUGGUGAGUGAGAUGGUGGACAGGAGUGAUCUGGCCUCCUCCCCUACCUGCCACCCCCCUUCGGCCCGGUCCCAGGACGUGGUCCCCCCUUCGGCCCGGUCCCAGGACAUGGUCACAGUGUUUCAGUUCCACAGCUACGUCUCAGAGCACAGCGUGGAGGACAUGGAGGAACACCUAUUGCAGGUGGCCAGAGAAGCUGUGUUUGCGGAGGGCCUGAGUGGUGGCGACCCGGAGCGUUGUCUAAAGGAACUGGAUGAGGUCUCACACACCGGCCUGUGUCCCCGGCAGCAGACCCUCAGGGCGCUGGCUUCCCUCCUCUCCCACCAAGACCCCCAGCUCAGCGAGGCUGCAGCUGCCUACAUCACCUCUGCUUCCUCACACACACCCUUCAGGUCAAAGGCAGUGGAUUGCUACACACAGGCCUUGUGGGAGGCUGGAGUUCAAACCCAAAGGUCUGCCUGUGUUGCUCUUAGCUGUCUACAGGCAGUAGAGAGCCUCCAGGCGGUGGUGUCACUGUGCGACUCGGCAGACGAGGAGCUUCGCCAUGUUGCCAUAGAAACCCUGCUCACUUUCGGUGAAGAGGGCCACCUGGCGUAUGAGCAGCUGGACACGAUGCCCCGAGAGAUGGUACGACUGGGGACGCGGCGAGGGAACGCCGUCACCACCGCCUUCUGAAAGCACAGGACUAACUAAAUGAACCUAGGAGCCUCACAUCCACAGGAGGGGGACCCCCCUAGAACAACCCCCCGCGCCUGUGCUUUGAGCCAUGCAGACUAGACAUGUGUUUAAAUGGACACAGCUAGGGGGAGUGGCCGCAUCAACGCAGAGGAGCCCAACUAAACAUGGAAGGGCCACGUCUCAUCCUUAAACAGACUGGUGUAAAUCCUAACUGUCCAUUCUCUGACCACCACUGCACAGACAGAGCAUCUCUACCAUCACAACUGAUUAUGAUUAUCACGGCUGUGUUUGAUAUAUGAUAUCCUUAUAUAACUGCUAUUCAUUUGUUUUAGGAGGUGACGUUCAUUAGACAAAAGGUUAUUUACGCUUUUCGAAUUGCACUGUGUCAGACAUGUAAAUAUAAUAGCAUUAUACUCUGAACUGGAUUUAUUUGGUCUUAUGUACUGUUGAGAUUCAGGGAUUUUACAGACCGUUUGAACACUUUUUGUCAGAGGGUGCCGUGGAAGAUCAUUUAGGGGACAAAUGACAGUCAAAUCGCUCGGAAGGAGGUAGUUAAAAGCAACGCUCGCAAGUCCUCGUCAACAUGCAUAAAGAAGGAAGUCUUUCCCUAAAUAGUAGUUACCAGUAAGCAAUGUUCUCACUCCAACAUGCACAACAUGAAGAGAGAGUCAUACUUGGACUGCCUUUCAAACGAAGUUCUCUACUCACACAUGCCUGGGAUCUACAUUCCGAGAUUGAAUGUCUGCUUGCUGGGAACUGAUGAGAUUUGAUCAUGAUUUAUUUCAUUGGAAGCAGGUACGACUGGAGGAGUGAGUGUGAGUCAGGGAUAGUUAGUAUGAAAGGAGAAUGCACUUUCUCCACAACUGUACAGUGCAGAACCAAGGGCCUGUCUAAGGGGAUGAUGCUUCGAAUCGGCAAGGACCGAGGCUAUAGCGCUCUGCCUAGCUUUUUAUGCCAGUUGUAUCUAUACUACUGAGUCCGGGGCUUCUUCAGCAUGACAGUGUUUUUCUCGACUUAAUUUAUUUACGUCACAUUUGUGAUUCUAAUAUUUAAUUUACUUUUGAGUAAGAGGGCAGAAUGCAGAUACUAUUUCACAUGUAAAAGUUGUAUAUUUGGUGUUUUUUUGCUCAUGUUUGAUUUUUUAAAAGUUUCAUUAAAAAAAAGGACUCAUUAACAUGGGAAUGAUCUUGUUACUGGAAAUAUAUAUUUUUCCACUCUUUUAAAUGUAUUUGUACAUUAAGUAAGAUGGCUGGCUGGUAUUAUUUGGAGGAUUUACGAACGUAAUCAGAGAGCGUUUCCCCCACUACUUUAUUACGCAAGGAAAGCCUGAAAAUGAACAUUUAUUCUGAAGAUAUCUUUAACCUGGCCACUACACCCAGGCUCACCUACAAAGAACAACCAUCAGAAUUAUCAUCUUAAUCCUGUGACAUGAGAUCGGCUUCUUACCGCACUGUCCUAAAGCCAUAACGAUACGAAAAGGUGUGUUUUAGGCGGUAAUAUGUGAAAUUAUUUGUUAUUUUGUAUAUUAAAGCUUUAAAAUAUGUGAAAGUUGUUACUAAAACUGGAGAUGGCUUAGAGUUUGGCCUGGUGUAUGUUGAUCAUGGUCUUUAU